AUGAUUGCACAACGACUGCCCGAAUUGGUCGACGGUCUUCGCGAGAUCGUCGGUACCGACGGGGUUCUGGCCGCACAUUCCGAAUUGCUGGUCUACGAAUGCGAUGGGUUCGUCAUCGAUAAGAACUGCCCCGACGUGGUGGUUUUCCCCCGCAAUACCGAGCACGUUUCCCACAUCGUCAAGCUUUGCAACGAGCUCGAUGUGCCGUUCAUCCCUCGCGGAGCCGGCACCAGCCUGGCCGGCGGUUGCUUGCCCGUGGGCGGUGGGGUGAUGAUCGUCCUCACGCGGAUGAAGGAAAUCCAGGAGAUUCAUCUCGAGGACCGGUAUGCCAUCGUGCAGCCGGGCGUAGUCAACGUGUGGCUCACCCAGCGGCUCAAGGGCACAGGGUUUCAUUACGCUCCCGAUCCUUCGAGUCAGGGAGCCUGCACCAUCGGCGGCAAUGUGGCCACCAACUCUGGAGGCCCACACACGCUGAAGUACGGCGUCACGGUCAAUCAUGUUCUCGGCGUUGAGAUGGUGAUGGCCGAUGGCAGCAUCGUGCAGUUCGGCGGGCCUGCCGAAGACACACCCGGCUUGGACCUGGUGGGCGUGCUGGUCGGCAGCGAAGGCACCCUAGGGAUUGCCACCCGAGUUUGGGUUCGCCUGACACGCGACCCGCAGGGGUACCGCACGAUGUUGGGUAUCUUCGACUCGGUCGAUGACGCCACCAACGCGAUCAGCGAAAUCAUCGGGGCGGGCAUCAUUCCCGCUGCCCUGGAGAUGAUGGAUCAGGGAAUUGUGGUGGCUCUCGAAGAGGCCUUUCAUUUCGGGUUCCCGCUCGACGCCCAGGCGGUACUGCUCAUCGAAGUCGAUGGACUCGAGGCCGGGCUCGACGAGCAACGGGAUCGGAUCGUCGCCCUGUGUGAACAGUGCGGAGCCCGCGAGGUUCGCCAGGCGGCCUCGGCCAAAGAGCGGCAAUUAUUGUGGAAGUGCCGCAAGCAAGCCUUCGGCGCGGUGGGGCGAUUAAGUCCCAGUUACUGCACACAAGACGGCGUGGUGCCCCGGACCAAGUUGCCGCACCUGUUGCGCCGUAUCACUUCUAUUGGCGAAGAACACGGCAUUCGUAUCGUGAACGUCUUUCACGCUGGCGAUGGGAACGUGCACCCGAUUCUGCUAUUUGACGAGAGAAAUCAGGAACAGAUUCGCCAGGUUCUGGCCGCCAGCGAAAAGAUUCUGGAAGAGUGCAUCGAGUGCGGCGGGAGCGUGACGGGCGAACACGGGAUCGGGGUUGAAAAGCUCAACUUCAUGCCGCGACUCUUCACCGACAACGACCUCGACGUGAUGGAUCGUCUCCGAGUCGCCUUCAACCCUCGCGGCAAGCUUAGCCCCGGGAAGAUGCUCCCCACGGCCGGUGCUUGUUCGGUUGAACAAGAUGCGCUGGCAAGUCUGGUGGCUGGCUGUCAUGAAUCGGCCACUACGAUCUAUCCGUUGGGCGGUUGCACGGCACUCGAUUUCGGAAUUCCCGCGGCCGACGCAGGCCUGGGGCUCUCGCUCACCGGGCUAAACCGUGUGGUCGAUUACCCGAUCCGCGACAUGACGAUCACCGUCGAGGCGGGGAUCACCAUGAACGCUCUUGCGGAAACCCUCAACACCGGCGGCCAACGCUUGCCGAUCGAUGUACCUGCUUCCGAGCGGGCCACACUCGGCGGAGUAAUUGCCACCAACACCAGCGGACCGCGACGUUUCGGGUCGGGAACCAUUCGCGACUAUGUCAUCGGUAUCUCGGCCGUCGAUGGACGUGGCGUACCGUUCAAAGGUGGCGGUCGGGUCGUAAAAAAUGUGGCCGGAUAUGACUUCUGCAAGUUGCUGACCGGCUCGAUGGGCACAUUGGGCCUCAUCUCACAGGUCACCCUGAAGGUUCGCCCCAUUCCGCAAGAUGCGGCGUUCGUGGUUUGCCCGCUGAACGACUGGGAUCAAGUCCGCCGGCUGAUGAUGAACCUGACGACCACCAAGACAACCCCUUCGGCCGUCGAGAUUCUUCAAGGGCCUGCCUGGCAGGAAGACACUGCACUUUCGGCCGUGAAUCCCGGGUCGCUCGGACGCAUGGCGGUGGCCUUCGAGGGCACCGCGGUCGAAGUUGCCUGGCUUGUCGAACAACUGGAGUCCGAGUGGCGAGAUCUGGUAGUUACCUCACUGGCCCGAGUGCCUAUCGAUGAGAUACCGGGGCUCUGGUCUCGUUUGACCGAGUUCUCAGCCGGCGAUGGUGGUUCGCUGGUGGUGAAGUGCACCGGGUUGCCGAGCAAGACAGCUGGCUUAAUUGAGGCGCUGAUCGCAAUCGAUCCAACCGUGGACGUUCAAUCCCAUGCUGGAAAUGGUGUGGUCAUCGCCCGAUUUACUACGUCAAAAGACACCGCGGCCUGGACGCAGUUAAUCAAAGAGCGAAUCCAACCGGCUGCCGCGAGUGCCGGCGGGUAUGCAACCGUCAUUGGUGGCAACGCGGCCAAGGGCUUGCCGGUCGAUUGUGUUUGGGGCAAGGGGACGGUCGAAGGUCCGUUGAAGCUCAACCCGGGAGCGGGCAUCGACUAUCAACUGUUUCUUGACUGCGUGCACUGCGGUCUGUGCACGGCGUCGUGCCCCACGUAUGCCGAGUUGGGGAACGAGAACGAUAGCCCUCGAGGGCGAAUCUAUCUCAUGCGGGCGGUGACCGAUGGCCGGUUGGACCUCACGCCCGAGGUGCGACGUCAUCUGGAGUUAUGCCUCGAUUGCCGCAACUGCGAGACGGCUUGUCCUUCGGGAGUGCAAUACGGCAAGCUCAUCGAGCCGUUUCGCGUGGCCAUGGAGAACAUGCCGGGCGAGCCUACCAAGACGAACGAUUGGUUCCACCGCUGGAUCCUGUUUCGGCUAUUCCCCUAUCCCGGUCGAUUGCGGCUGGCGCUGGCUCCCGCCCGAAUUGCACAGCGGCUCGGUUUGAUGCGUUUGGCCGAGCGAAUGGGCCUUUUCAAAAUCUUGCCUCCCCGUCUGCGUCAAUUGGUGGCCAUGUUGCCGCCCCCUGUAGCGAGCGAGCCGGCGUUGCCGGAGUUUCUCCCAGCGAUCGGUACCAAGCGGGCGACAGUAGCCUUGUUCACCGGUUGUGUUGGCGACGCGAUGUUCCGCCCGACGAACUGGGCCACAGCCCGUGUGCUGCAGCAGAACGGCUGUGAUGUGAUCGUGCCCAAAGAACAGAAUUGCUGCGGGGCAAUCAACUUUCACGCCGGCUCGGCAGAACCAGCGAUGAAGAUGGCCGACGCCAACAUCGAGGCGUUCAAUCUGGAUAACAUCGACGCCGUGAUCGUGAACGUGGCCGGCUGCGGGGCGAUGCUCAAAGACUAUGGGCAUCACUGGCACGACGAGCGACAAGCCGCGCGAGAAGCAUUUGCCGCGAAAGUUCGCGACAUCAACGAGUUCCUCGACGAGCUGGGCAUCGUUGACCCGCCAGGAAAGAUCAGCAUGCGGGCCACCUAUCACGAUGCCUGCCAUUUGGCCCACGCCCAAAAAAUCCGCGAAGCCCCGCGGCGGCUGCUCUCGCGGAUUCCGGGCUUGGAACUCAGCGAAUUGCCCGAGAGCGAGAUGUGUUGCGGAGCUGCGGGGACGUACAACCUUACCGAGCCCGAGAUGGCCGGUCGGUUGGCCCAGCGGAAAAUGGCCAAUGUGAAAACCACUGGUGCGGAAGUGGUGGUGACUGCCAACGCGGGUUGUCUACUGCAAAUCGCCCGUGAGGCCCGAGCGCAAGGGUUGAAUCUGAGAGUGAUUCACCCGAUCGAUUUGCUCGACAUGAGCUACCGCAGAGCCGAGUUUCCUGGCUCGGCGUCAUAG